GACUUCACAAUAAAAUCCUUGUGACCUUCUUUAAACAAAGAUUUGAAGGUUAUUGAGUAUUUAUCCUGAAAACUUUGGAUCGUUUAAUUUCAUAAUAGUGAAAGAAAAAUAAAUAAUUGCAGGGGUUUAUUGCCUUGGAAAUUCCUGCCGCUGUAUCGCUUCAACAAUCUUUACUACGAUUUUCUGCAUUCAGGUCAUACAGUAGACACUAAAUAUGGGAAGCAAAGGUCGAAUUCCACCCCCUAAUUUGAGGCAUCCUCUCCCUGGCCCUGGCAUGAUACAUCCUGACCCAUUUGGUCUGGGAAUUUUACCCCACCCAAGUCCUUUUCCACAUUUUGAUAUGUUGCCACCUCCUGAAAUCAUGGAACAAAAGCUUGCUGCACAGCAUGUGGAGAUGCAAAGACUUGGUACAGAAAACCAGAGGCUUGCUGCUACCCAUGGGACAUUGAGACAGGAACUUGCUGCUGCACAGCAUGAGUUGCAGAUAUUGCAUGGUCAGAUAGGAACCAUAACAUCUGAAAGAGAACAACAAAUGAAGAACCUUACAGAUAACAUAGCUAAGAUGGAAGCUGAACUGCAAGGAGCUGAGCCUGUUAAGGUAGAGUUGCAGCAGGCACAUGCUGAAGCUCAGAAUUUGGUUUUAGCAAGGGAAGAAUUUAUGUCCAAAGUGCAUCAAUUAAAUCUAGAUCUUCAGAGAGCCCACGUAGAUGUGCAACAGUUACCAGCACUGAUGGCAGAACUUGAGAGCCUCAGACAGGAAUAUCAGCAUUGCAGGGCUACAUUUGACUAUGAAAAGAAAUUUUACAAUGAUCACCUUGAAUCACUUCAGGUGAUGGAGAAAAAUUAUAUGAUCAUGGCUAGGGAAGUGGAGAAGCUUAGAGCGGAGCUGAUGAAUGCUGCUAAUGUUGACAGAAGAACUGUUGGGCAAUAUGGUAGUGCCACAGGAAAUAAAGAGAAUGAUGCUUCUGGACAUCCCAUGGGACAAAAUGCAUAUGAAGAUGGUUAUGGUAUUCACCAGAGACUUGGUCCUCUACCAUCUGCUGUUGCUGGUGCAAAUGCAGGUGUCGGUGCUGCUGUUUAUGUUGGAGCUCAGCCUGGACGUGCUCCUACAAGGACUGGCUACGAGGUUUCUAGAGGACCUGCUUAUGACAUAUCAAAAGGAGCUGGUUAUGAUGUGUCAAGAGGGACUGGUUAUGAAUCACAAAGGGUGCCCAUUUACGAUGCACAGAGGGGAGCUGGUUAUGACACCCAUAGAGGAUCUGUAAACAAUACAUCCAGGGGUGCAACCUUUGAUGCAACAGCUAGAACUCUUGCUGUGCCACAUGGACAAGCAACACCUCCGAACAAUGGACCUUAUGGAUCUGCAACACCUCCUGCUCAUGCUGGAAGCACAUUCGAGGCACCCCCUCGAGGUGGAAAUCCUGUGAGGAGAUAGAGCAUUAUACACCGGACUGCUAGGCAUAUCAUUCAACAUUUUCCCAGGUAGCUAGUCAUGAGUCUCAACUCUCAUGACACAAUUUUCUUUGUUCUCUAAUCAUUCAUAUAUGUACUUGCAUUGAGCAAAGUAUGCUACUAUUAUUUUUGUCUCUGCCGGAGCUGAGUGCUAGAGUCCACUGACCCUGUCUAUUAAGCUUAACGGAGUCUUGAAAGUAAAUUUGAAGUA